AAAAAAUCAAUAAAAACAUGGACACCGAAAUUCAGAAAUUUUUUAACAAUAAAACGGUAUUUGUUACGGGCGGAACAGGAUUUCUGGGCAAGGUUCUAAUUGAAAAAAUUUUACGCUGUACGAACAUAAAACGUAUCUAUGUACUGGCCCGAUCCCGAGCCGGACAAGAUGUUAAAGAACGAUUUAAUGAAAUUAUCAAAACACCUUUGUUCGACAAACUCCAUGCCACGCGACCUAAAUUUAUGGAUUGUGUCCAACUAAUGGAGGGUGAUUGUGCUCAGGAUAAAUUGGGUCUAUCGAAUGAUGAUUAUCUAACGCUAGUCGAAAAUGUCGAAGUGAUACUGCACUGUGCGGCCACGGUGCGUUUCAAUGAAAAGCUAAGUGUUGCCACAGCAAUCAAUGUCCAGGGCACCGUGGACAUUGUCGCCAUGGCAAAGGAAAUGCAACAUUUGGUGUCCUUUGUCCAUGUCUCUACGGCCUUCGUCACUUCCACGACCCACACCGAAGAGAGAAUUUGCUCUGAAAAUCUAAGCGUAACCUGCCAACAACUUUUAAGUGUUAAAGAGGCCUUGGGCGAUGAAAAAUUUGAUUCUUUAUCAUCGAAAUUCGUCGGAAAAUUUCCCAACACCUACACCUUUACUAAAGCUAUAACAGAAAAUUUUAUACGGUCUGAAGCUAGCUCAUUGCCGAUUUGUAUUUUUAGACCAGGAAUAAUUCUUUCGACCUACCAAGAACCGUUUGGCGGUUGGAUAGACAAUAUCCAGGGAGCGGUUGGGGUAACAUUUGGUGUCUUAAUGGGAGUCUUGCGAGUCGUAAACAUUGCCUAUCCAAGGCACGCUCCAAUAGUCCCGGUCGAUUACUGUGCCAACAUGAUAUUGGCUGCGGCAUGGUCCAAUGCGUCCUCUUCAAAUAAAUGCAGUUCCACCAAAGAAAUCCCCAUUUACAAUUUAAUACCCGAUGAACCAAAUUUCCUGACAUGGGGCCAAUAUAUAGAUACUUUAGUAAACUACAACAACGAUAUGCCCUAUUCGAAAAUGUUAUGGUAUCCAACGAUCCGACUGAUAGGAAGUCCACGUUUAUAUGGUCUGGCUACGAUUAUGUACCAAACAGUACCGGCCUAUGUCAUGCAGUUGUUUUUCAAAAUCAGUGGCUCCAAGAUAAGCAUGCUUAAAGUGAAUGAAAAGAUCGCUCGUUUGACCGAUGCGGCGGCCCAUUUUAUUACCCACGAUUUUACAUUUGCCACCACCAAUACCAGACACCUGUGGCAGUCCAUGUCGCCUGAGGAUCGCAAAUUGUUCGAUUUUGAUAUGACAUCAGUGGAUUGGAAUGAGUAUUUACUGCGCUUCGCCAAGGGUUUGAGAGAGUUCAUUGGCAAAGAAGAGCCCGAGACUAUACCCGCAGCGAAGAGUAAACUUAAGAGAUUUUACAUGUGUCACGUGGCACUAAAUUCCGUCGUUUGUGUCGGCCUGCUAUGGACCACGCAAUAUAUAUUCUUUUAAAAAUAUAUGGCUAUAAAGGAAAUAUUUCGAAGCUGCCGUUGGAAGGCUGGAUGAUUUAUGUCAUGAAUUCUUAUUCUAUUUUUACGGAUGUGUUAACUCUAUAACAUUUUAUUGUACGAUUUAAUUUUAUCAACUCACAAAUAAAGGUUUCUUUGAUAUUUUGGAGUCAAUAAAAUAAAAACAAUU